CACCACGAGAAUUUAUAUUAAUUAAGUAAAUUACACCUUAUCGUCAGAUAAACCUAAUAUAAAAUCGUUUCUAGUGUUGAUAUUUAUUUGUUACGACAUUUUUCUUUCUCAAGUUGAGAAGUCGCAUAAUCUUUAUAUUUAUAACCUAACCUAUUCCUUGUAAAAAAUAUCAAAUCAAAAUAAUUAAUAAAAAUGGAGGUUGGAGCAGUGAAACAAGCUUUUAAUAAUGAGGUGAUAUUAUUAAAAAAGAACCUAAACCAGGCUAAAAUACAGAUAAUUCAUAAGCUGACAAGAAAGGCUAAACAGCUGACAGAGAAGAAGGCUCCGGAACAACUGAAAGAAAAGUUAAAAAGAAAAGCGGAGUCUGCUGUCAAAGAAGUACUGCUUAUAAAGAAAAUCAAACCGAAGGACUUAGCGAAAUUCAUGGUGACACACAAAGGAGAAUUAAACACUUUCUUGAACAAACCUCUGGUUGAUGAAGAGAAAGCGUGUGCUAGACUACUACUCCACAAAGCCUUGCAGGACAAGUACAAAUUCAUUAGAAGCAGGUUUUCAAAUGUACCCAUCCAAGAUCUAUUCAUAUCCAGGCUAGAAAGAAGAAAGAUGAAGAAGGAAGCUAAAGAGAAGCAGAAAAAUAAGAAGAAAGGAAAGAAUAAUAAUGUUGUGAACUCAGAAGGAGAUUGGGAUGUUGAGGAUGUUAAGGAUGGAAGCAAAGUGAAUGGUGAUGAGGAUGAUGAUUCGGAUGAUGAAAGAAAUGACAUGUCUGAUGGUGAAAAUGAUGAUAAUGAUGUAUCUGGUGAUGAAAGUGGUCAAUCAGUUGGAGGUGACAUGUCGGGUGAUGAUUCUGAAGAUGGUGGUGGUGAAAAUAUUGAUUCAGAUGAUGAUGAAGAUGAUAACAAUGAUUCGGAUGGUAAUGAGGAUGAUGGUAAUGAUUCCGAAUCCGAAAAUGAGCAAGAAGUCAUCAAGGAAGUUAGUAAACCUGUCAAACCUAGUCCUAAAAUAGUCAAACAAGCAGUAGCCAAUGCUAAAUCUACAGCAAAGAAAAUAGAAGUAGUAGAUACAAAGAUAACACAACCAGUAGAAAUCAAAGCUAAAAUUCCCAUAAAGAAAGAUGUCGUAAAGAAAGAUCCAUUAAAGAAACAGAAAGAAUUAAAUAAAACGAAGAGUUUCAAUGAGAAAUUGCUUCAAAAGAAGUUGAAAAAGGACAUGGAUGCUCCUGUAGCUGAGAAUAAAAUAGUAGAUCCUUUCUUUAUAACGGCGACAGGAGAGAAUUAUAUGUCGGUAGCAGAACCUAGAGCCCCAGAUGAAAUUAAAGAAGAACAUAUGAGAGGCAACAGGAAAAUGAGAAGAGCGGCCAUGUUUGGACAUGUUCCAACUAACAGACCAAGACAAAAUAAUUACAAUAAUGAUAGAUUUAAUAACCAAAAUGGAAAUGAUAACGGUAGAGGAUAUAAAAGAAAAUUCGAUGAUAAACCUCAGUUUAAUGAUAGAAGGAAUUUCAAAGAUGGGAAGAACUUUAACGACAGAAGGAACUUUAACGAUGGGAAGAACUUCAACGAUAGGAAAAACUUUAACGAUAGAAAGAACUUUGAUAAUAGGAAGUUUAAUAAUGAUUUUAAUUCUAAGCCUGGUUUUAAUAAAGAUGAAAAACAAGAAAAACUGCAUCCAUCUUGGGAAGCUAAGAAAAAGAAAUCGGGCAUUUUACCAUUUGAAGGUAAAAAGAUUGUUUUUGAUGAAAGUUGAUUUUAUUUUGUUUAAAAUAAAUUGUAAAUAUAUUUUUAUUAGAAA